AUGGCCUCCGUCUACAUCGAGCCCAAUGCUGACGAGGCGGAUACACUACACUCAUUAGAACAGCUUCUCAGCAACAACACCAAAACCCGCUGCAUCAAUGGUUGCGACUUCAAUGGUUGGCACCCACUCUGGGGGAGCGAACGCAUGCACGCAAGAGGAAGGGAAAUCCUCGAACUCUCCCUCAUUCACGGUCUCUUGGUAUGCACCCACAUUCGAAACUAUUGUCUACGGCCAAGUAUCAGACUGGAAGGUGAACCUGGACGCUUGUCCCCAUCGCAACACAACGCAAUCGACUAUACAUAUACUCUAUUUAUUGCUCUUGAAGUGACACUAAAAGACAGUGCGGGCGCCAGUAUGCCCCCAGCCGCCGACCCCAAGCCCCUCCCGGCCCUGGCCGAAGAUGUGACAGAUGACAAAGAUGACAGUGGUUGUAAAAAAGGGGAAAAGGAAGGGAAAGCCGGCCUCGGCUACACGGCCCGGCGCCUCAUAAAGAUUGAUUUUUAUAUUUGUAUAAGAUUGUCACCACCACAUCAAUUGCCCGCACACCAGUAUCUACCACACCACUCAUCACCACCACCUUCACAGUCGACAUCACAAACUCGGUCUUGCCGUAAAAGAUCCGCUAAAGAUCUGGGACAAAUUUAUGAGGCCUACUCGGGUUCUAGUACUGCUGCUCUCACAGAAAAAACUGCAUCAAAAUCUACCCAUAAAUUACCGAGAUAUCCCACUUUAAACCAAAAUCGGGAGAAAGAGCUACAUUACUUGACCAACGAAGGUAUUUAUUGUCUUGGAACAGUACAGAGAAACAGGCUCGGAAAAGUGUGCAAGUUGUUGGAGAAACGGGAAAUUAUGAAGCAAGUCAUCUUGCUCCCCUGUCCGCUGAAAAGGGGACUCCGGGGGCAGGAUCCUUCACUCUGCCGAGUGGACUUGUUCUGUAUCCGGCACAAUCCCGCUCCCCAGCUCCCCUGUAGCAGGGGGCUCCGGGGGAUGCAAGAUCGGGCGGUGGGCGGUCUUUUAGACUGCUCGCCGGCCAACCCGUAA